GUCCCUAAAUAUUUACGGUCGGGAUCGGCAUGAUGUAAUUAGCAUAUUUCGUAAGCCGACAAUGUGAACUUUCGGGAAUAAUUUGUUGUUUUUGAUGUAAAACCUAUGUUGUAUGAUGAUUUUAAAAGGAUAAAAUUCUAAUUUUGGAUACAAAAAUGAGUUCUAUGCUUGUUUUAGCAGGCAUUGGCAUGGCUGCCAUUGGAUUUGGAGGCAGGUACUUGGCUAAGCAUGCCCCUGCUGUUGGUGCCACUGUGAAAAGGUCUAUGGAUGCUAGUCUUAAUUCUGGGGCUUUCAGUAAGUACUACAAAGGUGGUUUUGAAGCCAAAAUGUCAAAGAGAGAAGCAGGCUUAAUUCUUGGAGUGAGUCCAUCUGCAAACAAAAAUAGACUAAAGGAGGCCCACAAAAGGAUAAUGAUCUUAAAUCACCCAGAUAAAGGUGGUUCCCCAUAUUUGGCCGCCAAGAUUAAUGAAGCCAAGGACUUGUUAGAUAGCACUGGAAAGAAACAGGGAAAAUAAACCACUUUUAAAAACAUUUACAUGUAUUGAAUUCACAAUGAAAAAAAUGUACUUGUGUGAACUCCAUUGAAGAUAUUUAUGUAUUUUUAUUGUCAUUCAUUGCCAAUAAAUUAUUCAUCAGAGCCUCUAA